ACCUCCGUGUUCGACGCGCUGCCAACGCGUUUCAAGCCCCCCGAACUCGUCUCCAAUUCUUUCGAUUUCAACCACCUUCCUUAUUGUCUCCCUUUGACAACCUGAGGCCAUUUUGUCUCUCCAUUUAUCCUCUUUAUUUCGGAUGUGUUGCAUUUGACACACUUUUAACCUUGAAGAAACUCAUCUGUGAAAUUGCAGUUUCUUCAGCAAUUUUCUUCAAAAUUUACAUAUUCCACGACCUGCAUCAAUUAAUAUCUUCCCGAGGGUCGCCUCUACUACUACACCGAAUCGCCACCAUCUCAUCUUAUACGAUUCUUCACCCACCUUUGAUCCCAUAGGUACCUACUGACUUGCCACAUCCCAAGAGACUAUACAUUAGGUAUUUCUCAAAUCAAUACGAGACAAUUAUGUCUUACCGCAUUGAGAUCGCCAAGACUGGCCGUGCUGGCUGCCAGGAUACCCUGUGCAAGAAGACCGGCGACAAAAUCCAAAAGGGUGAGCUGCGUUUCGGUGUCUGGGUUGAUUUGCCCGGAGCCGAGAAUGGAUCCUACAGAUGGCGACACUGGGGCUGCGUCUCCGGUAAGACCGUCGGCAACCUUCAGGAGAAGAUCUCCGAUGGUGAUGGUGAUUACCAGUGGGACAUGAUCGACGGUUACGACGAGUUAGAUGAGUCCCCUGAGAUCCAAGAAAAGAUCCGGCGUGUCGUGACUCAAGGUCAUAUCGAUCCCGAAGACUUCAAAGGAGAUCCCGAAUUCAACAAGCCUGGCCAUCCGGCUAUUCGUGGUCGUACUAACUCCAAGAAAAAGGCGAAGGAUGAUGAGGACGAGGAAGAGGAUGCCCCCAAGAAGGCUGCUCCCAAGAAAUCUGCGAAGCGUGGCCGCAAGAAGGCAGAUGAGGAAGACGAUGAAGAGGAUGAUGCCCCGCCUGCUAAGAAGAAGGCCACCAAAGCUAGCCGCAAGUCCAAGAAGGUAGCCGACGAGGAUAAGGAAGAGGAAGAAGAGCCGGAAGAGGCUGCGCCUGUCAAGGCUCCGGCUAAGGCCCCUGCUAAAAAAGCUCGAGGCAAGAAGCCUGCUGUCAAAGCUCCAGCCCCUGAAUCUGACGAUGACGAGCAAGAUGAGGAACCAGAGCCUGCCCCGAAGGCUAAGGCUAAACCUAAAGCGAAGGGCGGUCGCAAGGCUAAGGCUGCUGAACCCGAGCAGGAUGAAGAAGAUGACGAGGAACCUGCCCCAAAGGCAGCGCCCAAGAAGGCAGCACCCAAAGCAAAGAGUGGCCGCAAGACCAAGGCCGCCGAAGCUGCCGAGGAAGAAGUUGCUCCCAAGCGUGGACGAGGUCGAGGUCGUCCCAAGAAGACAGAUGACAAUGAGUAAAAGCUCUAAGUUCUUUCAGGCCGGACAUAUAGUUGACUGCAAUUCCAAGACGUCAUUCCUCUCCUAAUCCAUUGCAAUGUUAUUAAGGGGUGUUCAAGCAGAUAAUCCAUGCGUUUCCUUUCACAUUUAGUCAGUUCGUUAAGCAGGACAGUCAAGAUGGAGGUCUUGAUAAUGAUGCAUGUAAUACCAGCAGAAUGAAGGCAUAGAUGGUAAUUGUGCUUCGAGAGAUACCAAUUGAUGCUUGAGAUUGUUGCUACUACAUCGGCGUAUUGAUUCUUGAGCUACACCUACCGGUACUCGCCAUAAUUGAUGACCACAAAACUAGCAUAGCAGGUAUAUACAAUUGACUUGAUGAGAUCAAUCAAAUUUCCC